AUGUGGAAUCAAUUAUCUUUUUCUAUUAUUAAUUCAAUUUUAAUUUCUUCAGUUCUAACAGAAAGGGUCAACUUAUACCUAACUACUGAUGAUUUAGGAGGUGAUUCUGUUACAGGUUUAGACCAUAAACCUUUAACGUUACACAUUGACAAGGAAUCUUUAACACCAGAACUAUCAACUAUAUUAAGCCACAGCCCAAAUAUUAUUUUUGCUGACAUGCCAGGUCAACCUGAAUUCAUUAAUAUAAGGGAAGUUGAAGAUGCUAUUGAAGAUAAUACAGUUAUUCAAGAAGAAAAUGUCGAUGACAUUGAUGCUGAUGAGGCGGACGACAACGACGAUGAAAACGAAGACGAACAUGACGUUAGAAAUGAAAACGAAAACUUUGAUGAAGAUUUUGACAUGGAAACCAAUGAAUCUGGCCUUGAAAAUGAAAAUGAAAAUGAAUCUGACCUUGAAAAUGAAAAGGAAAAGGAAAAUUCUGAUGAGGAGGAAGAAUAUGGAGAUUUACAAUUAUUCAAUGUUGAUCCUUCCUUGACAAAGAUAAAGGAUAAAAAAUUUAAUGAAACUGAAAUAAAUAUUAGUGAAAUUUUUGGAAGUACAACUACUUUCGAGAUUAACACAGCCACCACUGUAGUGUCUAGUCCAAGAUCAAGUGAGACAGAUUUUAAGAACGGUGGAUCAAAACAAACAAAUACUAAUGCAACUUCAUCUGAUGCAAGCUCCUCCAAUAAUACAUCUAGUAAUAAUAACCCAGGUAUAGUACAAGAAGGUGAAAGUUCGAACCUGAAAGUAGGAAUGACAACUGCUAUGGUCAUAACAUUGACUACGUUACUUUUUGUACAAUGCUAUUAA